AUGCACAGGAGCGACAUCGAGAGGAUGCGCAAGCCGGUGCUGACGGCGGCGGAGGUGGCUGCGGCGCGGCGUGACGCGGCUGAGGCCCGGGAGGCCGAGCGCGCGGCCGCGCAGCUGCGCAAGAUGGAACAGCAAAGGCAGGAGGCAGAGGGACCGAGCGAGGUGGAACGCCUGCGUAUGGCUGCCGCUGAAGCGGUGCGCGGCAAGGCAGCUGCCGCGAAGCUGGAAGCCACCGACGAAGCCAAGCGCAUGAACCAGAUGGUCCUCUACAGCAAGUGCAUGGCUGUCAGGGACCAGCAGGUAGAGGAGAAGAAGCAGCGCAAAAGGCAGGCUGCUGAGGAGGAACGCGCUGCAGACGCGGCCAUGGAAGCAGCUCGGCAGCGCGCGCUCAUUGUACAGCAGGCAAGGGACGCGGCGAUAUUGGAGGAGCGCCGGCGGGGGGCGACGAUAAUAGAGCGCCAGCUCGUUGAGCGCCAGCUGGCGGCGCAGCAGGAGCAGGCACGCCACGAACAGGAGAAGGCGCAUGUGGCGCGGCAGACCGAGCAGGUCAAGCGCGAAGAGGCGGCGGCUGCUGCCGAGAAACGCGCGGCCGCAGCCGCGCUCAUGCGCCAGGUGGCGGCCAGCAACGCGGAGAUGCUGGAGCGCAAGAAGGCGGAGGCGGCCGAGCGGGCGGCCGAGGACCGCCGUAUCGCGGCGUACCUCAAAGAGAAGGCUGCCCGCGAGCAGGCGGCGCUUGAGGAGAAGGCACGGGCCGCGCAUGAGAAGGAGCUGGAGACGGCGCGGCUGCGCGCGGCCCAAGAGCGCAUGCGCGAUCGACUGUCCGAAAUCGACGAACUGCGCGCUCGGAGGUGGCAGGAAUCUGCCGAGAGGGCGUAUCGAGCCAAGGAACGCGCAGACAUCGACCGCGCGGCGGCGGCUACCGCGGACCUGCGCGCUGCCCGGGAGUCUCAAGCGGCCGGCAAGGCGGCGGCUGCCGCCGUCGCCGCUGAGGCCGAUCGGGCCGAGGCCGCACGCAUCGGUGCCGAGGCGGCCGCGGCCGUAGCCACACGGCAGCAGAAGGCGCGAGAGGAAGCUGCCGCGAAGCUGCGCCACGCUGCGGAGCUGCGUGCGCAGAUGCAGGCGGCGGCUGCCCGGAAGCAGGCGGCCGCUGAGGUUGCCAAACAAGAGGGCGCUCGAGCUCGGGAAGCCACUGCAGUGCACCUAGCAGUCAUCGAGGGCAUACGGCAGCAGAAGCUGCAGCAGCUGGAGCAGGCAGGCGUGCCAGUGAAGUACCGUGCUGAGCUGGCACGCAAGAACUUUGUGGCCGCCAAGUGA